GUUGCCCGGUCUGGGUCUCUGUCCAGCUGGGAGUGGCUUGUCAUAUUUAAGGCAGGAGUCGCUGGCAGGCAUCAGCCCAGUGCCAGUGAGGAGCCGCGCUGGGCGGACAUGCAGGCGCUGUGCUGUGAGGCGCCGCUCAGGACUUAGUGCUGCAGGUCCCCUUCUCCCUGGAGCCGCCCGCCAUGAAGUUCCUGAAGUUGCUUCUCUUGCUCGCAGUGAAAGGCUUGAUAGCAGUCACCCACGGAGCGGUCAUUGAUCCCUUUCUCCAGAAGCCCAGCACCAAGGAGCUGGAGCGACCCCACCAGAAGCCUCAGUCUACUGGUGGCAACCUCCUAAUUGCGCCCUCCAGAGCAGCACAUUCUUCAAAAUCCAAAGAUGCACAAAGAGAAGAGAAAAUUCACAAUGUGAGAAAGAAAGGCAAAGGACUAAAGCGGGAUCCCUGUCUAAGAAAAUACAAGGACUUUUGCUUUCAUGGAACCUGUCGUUUUCUGAAAGUAACUAAGGAUCCCUAUUGUGUGUGCCAAGCAGGAUAUCAUGGAGAGAGAUGUCACGCACUUACCCUUCCUUUGGGGAAUCCACCGAGCACAUAUGAUCACACAACUGUCUUGGCCGUGGUUGCAGUUGUUCUCUCAUCUUUUUGUCUGAUUGUGAUAUCAUCACUAUUAAUAUUAAGGUAUCACAGAACAGGCGCGUAUCAUGUGGACAAUGAAAAAAAAAUUAAAUUUGCAAGCCCUACAUAAGGACAAUUCUGGUUACUCAAGAUUCUGAAAAAUUAUGAAUAACUGACAUGGACUCAAACAUGAAUUCCUGGCUCAUGUAAUUAACUGUUACAUACUGGAAUGUAGUAAUAGAUGUCUGUUUAUUGCUAUUGUACAGAUCAUCCUUAUAAAACAAUAUUGUUUGGUAUUUAUCCAAUGAGAGCAGAGGUACAUUAAUAGUAAAGUUUUCAUUCUUGUUAAAUCAUAGGUACAGUAACACGGUUUUCCUAGCUUUUCACUCUGCAGCAUUAAAGGUGUUGUCCGCUUUUUUUUUAUAUUGAUGACGUGUCCUCAGGAUAGGUCAUCAAUAUUAGAUUCAGCGCUUGUGCGAUAAUUGGAAGCAUUUGUAGAACAUAGUGUACAGUGCCACUGCAGCCUUUGAAUGCGGACGCAAAUUGCAGUUUUCCAUGGAAGUUAUUCUAGGAAUAUGUCUUAAAGCUGCUAGUUUAAAACAAGACAAACGUGUAAAUUUAAAUGGUGGUUUUCUUAAGGCAGAGUAAUGUGGCUUCUAGCUACACCACUACCCAUAUAUAUGUGAUUACCAGCUAAAGGUUCUUUCCCAUGAAGUAUAGGCAAGCCUUUCUUAAACAUUUUAAUAGCUCAUUAACCAAUGUCUUCACAUCUAUAAUAUGCAUCAUAAUAUAUAUAUAUACACACAUACACACAUAUACACGCACAAUGUGAUCAUACUUGUGGGCCAAAACAUUGUCCUGUGAUGGUAUUGGCAUAGUAAACCUUAAUGAAUUUGAUCAGAACAUGUGUGCAGUCAUAUUGAGGAAGUGAGUUGAAUUUUAAGGUGUAUUGUUCACAAGAAGCAAACUAAUGAAAGGAAUUUCCCCACAAAUGUCUUAUUACUGGGGGCCCGCCAUUCACUAGUAAAAGGGUCCUCAACAUCCUGUUCUUUGUUGUCUGUGCAACUGAAAACAGCCAAGCACUGUACUCUUCUGUCUUUCUUUCCUACAUACUUUGAAUGGAGCAGCAGUGUGCAUGCUGAGGUCAUGCAGUGAAGAGGAUUGGGGACUUGGAAACCUUGUUCUUAUUUUUGGUUGGGGUUUAAGAAGUUGAACAUGCAUAACAAAAUGCUAUGAAUAAUGGAAAACAUAAUCACUAAAAGUAAGAACCGCACUACAGGAAAACGAAAACAAAACUAAAAAGCCUUAUUUCCUUUUUGUCGGUGCUGGAGGAUGCAGUGAUCAAAGUUGGAUAAUCCUUAGUUUACAUGCAGAUGUCUGGCAGCACUGGUUUUUUUUUGUCUGUCAGCACUGUUGUUUGUCUUCUCUCUUACAGAACUGUUGAUUGGGAUUUGUGGAAAUGUCUACUAUGCUUGCUAGACGAAGGUGUACACCAUUUUUACAAUUAAAAGACUUUGAAAAAAGGGACAAAUAGCAUGAUUUUGAGAAGCUGGAUGCGUGAAAUCUUGGAAAGAAUUGGACGAGAAGUUUCUGCAGUGCACCAUGCUGUUAACUGUGGUCAGAGGAGGCCACUCACACAUAGAGAAGCAUC